GCUUGUUCUCUCUUUUUCAGGUGAAAGGCCCUGGUGUUGGGCUUCUUGGCUUCUCCAAAGGAGGUGACCUGUGUCUCUCAAUGGCCUCUUUCUUGAAGGGCAUCACAGCCACUGUACUUAUUAAUUCUUGUGUGGCCAACACAAUGACUCCUCUAUAUUACAAGGAUAUGAUUAUUCCCAGUCUUGGCAGUGACCCUGGGAGAUGUGUAACGACUGACUCAGGAGUUUUGAUUUUUAUGGGUUUUUGGGAUAAUCCACUGGAGGAACCCAACUACCAUAGUAUUAUUCCAUUGGAAAGGGCCCAGGGGCCCUUCCUGUUUAUUGUUGGCAUGGAUGAUCAUAACUGGAAGAGUGACUUCUAUGCUCAGAUAGCCUCUGAACGGUUAGAAGCCCAUGGGAAAGACAGACCCCAGAUAAUCUACUACCCAGGAACUGGUCAUUGUAUUGAACCACCUUAUUUUCCUGUUUGCAGAACUUCUGUGCAUACAGUUUUAGGCCAACCAAUACUCCAUGGAGGUGAGCCAAAGGCACAGGCUU